AAUGUACUAAGAUUGCAGACCCUGUAAGUAACGAACGACGUCAUUUGGGUCUGGGUCUCAUUUUCGCUGUGUUUCCAACGCAAUAAGUUAUAUUUAAUUUAGAUUUUAUUUAAAGCUAGCUCUUUUGCUAGUAUUCGUUAUGAUAUUGUCAUGUCUAAAUCCGUUGAUAUAGAUAAAGUUGGCGAAUGUCUCCGAAACAUUGUAGAUAACAAUCGAUGUGGCAUUUGUGAUAAUUUAGGAAAAACAUUUUGGAGAUGUGUGCAUGGCCACAUUGCCUGUGGUGACUGCUCAGUCAAAGAAGAAGAGUGCAGUACUUGUUACACUAUAUUCAACUCGCCGGUUUCAAAUAAUAUCUGGGUAGAAGAUGAAAUACAAUCGGAGAAAGCUAAACAUGCAUUGGAACUUUUGAAUACAUUUCAAGAUACUUUUAAAACUGAUGUUUACAGAAGGCAGAGAAUUUCAGACCAACUGAAAGCUGAAAAAGAAUUAUUUCCUGAUUGUAUCCAAGCUCCAGUGAAAUACACCAAUAAGAGAAAAACUCUAAAUUCAAUCACUUCUAUUAAUGAUAAAAAGAACAGUGUAAAUUCAUAUUAUCCUGGUCAAGCAACAUUUACACGAAGGGCAUUGAAAAUGGAGAAGUCCAAAUAUGUUCAGCAGUGGUUAGAAAGCAGCACUGAAAAACGUAAACCGUUUGCCAACAUCAAUAUUAACAAUCAGAGACUUCCAAAUCAAAAUAAACCUCUACACAAAUCACGAACAGCUAAGAACAAAUGUCAGAAUAAGUUAAAAAGACCUGUAAAAACAUCUAACGAUGAAAAUAAUCCCACUAACCUCCGUCUGAAGGAGUCUUCUCAUACAUUUUUACAGAAAACACCUAAAAAAGAUGUAAAUUCUAAAAAUCAGAAUACUGUUAAAGAUCAUGGAAAACUUGGCAAAAUAAGCAGAAUUCAAGAUGAUAGUGGGAUUGCUAUGGAUGAGGAGUUUACUUGCAUUACUAUAGAGGAUUCUCAGGAGAUUAUUGACAAAGAUGCUCUAGCCUUGCAGGCUGUGCACGAAGCUGAAAGGAAUGAAUUGUUACUUGAUUCCAUGCAUGAUGAUAACGAAGAAUGUAAAUAUGAUUUUCUAAAAGUACCAUUUGAAAAAAAGAGUUUGCUUUAUUUGUCAUGUCCUAAUUGUAAUGUAGAUGUACAAAAUGUUGAUUCUGUGCAACAUCAGCAUACCAAUACAUUGUCUAUUAUAGUUGAAUAUGGGUCUAAAGUGGAAACAAAUGUAAAUAUGCCAUCAGUUUCUGUGCAAACAGAGAUAAGUGAAAUCAGUAAAGCAAGUUAUACUGUUACCAAUGAAUAUGAGAAGUUAAUGUCUUCUCCACAGAUCACCAAAGGAAACAACAAAGUUCAUCUGCCAAGUCAAGAUCUUUUCAUAGAUGAUAUAAAUAAUUUUAAUACUCAUGUACAAAAUGAUAUUUUGGUAAAAAAAGGUGAUACUUUUCCCCAAAAUAAAGAAAAUGUUCGAAUUAUAGAUGAUUCAGAUACAGAUGUUGAAGCAGAACAAUUGCAGGUAGCAGCUGAAGUCCACAGGACAUGCGAGCUAAAGGAUUACGAAGUUCUAUCGGAAUUGGCUCUUAACGAAAUGGAAAACAGGAAGAGGCGUGCGGAGCGCGGCGUGACGCCUGGCAGCUCAGACUCGUCCGAAAAAGAAAAUUUAGAUCCCAAUAGAAUGAAAAGAUUUAAAUGUAUGAAAAAGAGCAAAAACAAACAUAAUAAAGUAUGAUUUAUAUGAAAAA